AUGACGGAACCAGCCAAGAAGCUUCAAGGAGUGGUUAACAAGAGCUUCAACACCAUCCCGUGUCAUGAGAUCAGUGUCAAGGAUCUUAAGGACAUCUAUUCGUGUUUGCUGUACUGUCUUGAUCUGAAACAUGAGCCCGACAAGGACCACAAGCUGCUAAAGCUGAGUUUCAAGACAAACCACCCGUACUCGUUCAGUCUCGACAAGGCCCUAGCCACGAUGCAGAAGCUCCAGAUCCACAUCGAGAACCCGGCCACUCGUAUCAACAUUUCCUACGAGAUCAAGGCCAAGGCAGCGUCCGAUCUGCUGCAGAUGUUUAUGAAUGCCCGGCUGCUGCAUUCUCCCGACGACAAAACCCGGUCGCGGCUCAAGCACGGCGUGGUGCUCCAGCCCACGCCCAAGGGAGUCGCUGUGUUGGGCGCCUUCUGCUCCAAGUACGGUCUGCGUGGCACCAAGCAGAUCCCAGAGAUCCUCAAGAGCAACAUCAACUCGAUGGAGCUGAUCUGCUUUGAGCGCAACUCGCGCUCCGACUCCAUCAUCCACAGCGAGUACUGGAACAAGGUGCUGUUUGUGCACCUGAUGGGCCCGGUGAUGAAUUUCUGGUCGCCCAACGUGCCGCCUGACGAGCUACCCGAUCUUGCCAAGAUUUACGAAGAGGAGCGGUUUGGCAACGCUUUUGAAGGUUUCGACAUGACUUCGCAGAGCUCGUUUCUGGCCUUUUUGAGCGAGAAACAGGCCAAGCCCCAUGCGCCAGUCUCGGACAACCCGAUCAUCGAGACCGUGGAGAAGAACCCAGUGUCUCCGUUUCACCACCGGUUCUUCACCAAUCCGGACUCGGACUCGCACGUGCAAUACUACGUUUCGAGCCGUGGCGUGCGCAUGUUUCGCAACAAGGUGCUGGAGAAGCCAGACGGAAUGAAGAAGGUGGUUGGCAACUGUUUCUCGGGCAAGGCGAUGGUCCAGUGGCUGCUGGACUGCACGGACGUGUUCUCGCAAGAGGAGGCCGUGCGCAUGGCCGGGCUGUUUCUGAAUCUCGGGCUGAUUAGACUGCUGGAUCCUGAAGACCCUGCAGCAAAGCCACGAUUCUCUCCGAAAAGAGACUCCUUUUACUUCCUCACAGACGAAGGAAUGGAGCUGGUGCAGUGGAACCACACGGUCAAGUCGGGCAACUCGUCGGACGAGGACUCCGACUCAGGGUCCAGCACCACAAAGCCCGAUCACCGCGGGUCCGGCUUGACGUUACAGGACGUGCUGAACGAUCCAGGCAUCAAAUAUCAGUUCCGCACGCAUUUGGUGGACGAGUUUUCUGUGGAGAACUUGGAGGUGUACAAUGACAUCAGCAUGCUGGAGAAAAAGUUCAAGACGCUCAAGAAGCUGCUCAAGCUGAAGGAGCGCGAGAAACAGUUCAUGAUGCUGACGCCCACCCGGUCCAAGCGCAAGGCCACCAUUUCGGCAGCGGUGAUCAAACUGUCCACGGAUUGUCUGGGAGAGACAUUCAACAUCUACACAUCGUAUCUGGCAGAGGGAGCGCCUUUCGAGCUGAAUCUCAACUCCCGACUGAAGCACGAGAUCAGCUGCAUCAUGACACAGACAGAGGCGUACACCCCACGGCCAGCAAAGACAACUGUAUCGGAACUGAGCGUUCCUACGAAACUGACUCCAGAUCCUUCUACAGGGAAGAAAGACCCUUCGAAACUGACCUUGGACUUACAGAACCUGAAGCUGGUAGACCCGCCAGCACCAUCACCGACCGAUCGCUCGAUAGCUCCCAUUCUGGAAGCACUGGCCGAAAUCAUGCCGCUUUUCCAGCAGGUGAAAAAACACACGUUCGGGAUGAUGGCCAAGGACUCGUUGCCAAAGUUCAUGGAAUCGGAGCUGUUCAAAGAGCUGCCUGUUUCCAAGUGA